CAUUACAGAAAAAUGAAACUGCCGUCAAUCACCAACAACGGAAUUAUGUGGUUCGCAGUUAUCCUAGCAGCAUCCAGUAUUUUACUAUCAUCAACGGUUGAAGCGGCUCCAUCAGCACCCAGUCCUGGAUAUUAUGCACCAAUAUCAGUCGAAGGCCAGAAUCCUGAAUACAUCCUACAAGCUUUGGUACGACUACGACAAGCGCUGAAUGCGGAAGAAGACUUAGAAAACACCAAACGUGGAAUAGACUUGGGUCUCGGGCGCGGUUAUUCUGGUUCUCAAGCUGCCAAACAUCUAAUGGGUCUUGCUGCUGCCAACUUCGCCGGCGGGCCCGGACGAAGACGUCGCAGCGUCGAUGACGCAUAAUUUCAAAGAGAAUAUUUACAUAAAAGUUAAACCCUCGAUGUUAUUUUUAUUAUUUCAAAUUUUGUUAUUUAGAUUUCAACUUUAUAAAACUAUCAAAAUGUUGGGCUAUGUGUAAACUACAAUUAAAAGUGGUAUAUACUAUGUAAAUUAGGUACCUAGUAAUAAAAAUGACGAAAAAUUAAAAAAAAUAUCUACUUAUAGUCAUACAUUUGCUAGACAUUUAGAGGGCACUAUUUACUUUAAUUAUUAUUUUUGUUGAAAUAUACGCAUUGUACAGUGGCA